AUGCCAUUACACCAGGGCAGUGGCAUGCUGGUGAGAACACUGGGAGUUGGUGAUAUCACAGCAUGUGGAGAGACUCUGAAAGCUUAUACAUAUUCCCAGUUUUUCCAUUGGUCAUUGACUUUCUUUUUUCUUGUUAAGUCCGAAGCCUCCAGACUGCCUGCAUUUGUACCAGAUAAAGAGAAAUCCCCCAAGUACUGCUGCGUAAACCUUCCAGAUGGUUCAUCCAGCAAAAUGGCUGUUAAAUCUGGGUUCUCUAUCAAAGAGGUGCUGUCUGGGCUCUGUGAGAAGCAUGGCAUUAACAUAGCUGCAGUGGCUUUUUUAGUUGGAGGUGAUAAGCCACUUGUAUUGCACCAAGACAGUAGCAUCCUGGAGUCUCGGGACCUACGCUUAGAAAAACGCACUUUAUUUCGGCUGGAUCUGGUUCCAAUCAAUCGAUCAGUUGGUUUGAAGGCUAAACCCACCAAACCGGUAACAGAGGUCCUAAGGCCUGUGGUUGCAAAAUAUGGUUUAAAUCUUAAUGAGCUUGUGGCAAGACUAAAUGGUGAGCAGGAACCACUUGAUCUUGGUGUCCCUAUAUCUAAUCUGGAUGGUCAGCGGGUUAUUCUAGAUGAAAAAGAGCCAACAAAGGGUAGAGUGUUUACAGAUAAACAAAAAGGUGCAUCAGUAAAACAGAGUGCAACUGUAACUACUUCAAGAAAUCAAGUAUCUACUGGAGAGGGAAGAACUCUAGGAAAGUCUAAUUCUAUCAAAAUGAAAGGCGAAAAUGGAAAAAAUGCUAGGGAAGUCCGGCUGUCAAAGAGAGAAGAAUCUAUUGCAAAGAUUGGGAAAAAAAAAUGUCAGAAAAUAAAUUUGGAUGAAGCAGAGGAAUUUUUUGAACUCAUAUCCAAAGCUCAAAGUAACAGAGCAGAUGACCAACGUGGACUGCUAAGGAAAGAAGACCUUAUUCUUCCUGACUUUCUUCGUUUACCACCCACUGGACCAGAACCAUCUGCAUCUACUCCAAUAGGCCCUAAAGGCCUCAGCACAAGUUUCAAAAAUGAUGAAAAGGAUGGAUGUACAUCACCAAGUGGAAAACAGGAGCCCAUACAAAACUACAAUGAAAAUUCAGUUAAGAAAAUGGCUCAUUCAGAAAAUAAACAUAAAGCUGCUUUAACAGCACUCCACAGUCAGAAGAGUUUCAGUGUUCCUUUUAAUACUACAUUGUCUCCGAUUCCACAUGCACAUGAGAACAGUGCAGCAAUAUGGAAAAGGCAGUCAAGAGAAUUACAGGCUGAAGGCAUACAGAUGAUAGACGAUGAAAAUGUGGCAGACUUGACUCUUGUUGCUGAAGGAGAUAUUAGUAGCCCAAACAGCACUUUGCUACCACCGCCGCCACCACCACAGCCGUCAGAAGUCAGUAAGCUCACAGAAGCCAACUAUCCACCCCCAACUCCUUUUGCAGGUAAUCAGGAAAAAUCUGGAUAUCAAAGAUCCAAUUCAGGUGCAAACCACAAAAAGAGAAAAGAUUCACAGGGGACUUCAGGGAACCCUGGUGAGCAGACGUCUCUCAAACCAAAGGCCAACAGAAGCGUUAAUCCUGCAGGUGUGAGGGAGAGCCUCGGUAAAGAACUGCCUGUGAACAGGAUUAUUGAUGUGGAUGGGGUCAAACUGGAAGACACCGGAACACGCUCCUGUGAUGACUCUGAAGGGAACCUCAGCUUUGAAGGUUACAUCUCUGAACUGAGAUCCUGCCAAGGGAGGAUGAGGACUGGAGUUUAUAGGACAUCAGACCUUCCAUCUCUGAUUGCUGUCAAGAGUGAGAAGAGUAAGGGCACUGAGAAUCAGUAUAAAGCUACUUUUGUUUAAAAUGUCUGCUUUUAAUUAUGAGCUCUGGUAUUUUUGCCUGGCACCAGCAGCAGUGGGGAUAUGCCUUAGGGACAUGUUUCUGCAAGUUUUAAGCUGUUUUCAGUACCCGUUGCCUUCAACGAGCCUACCAGACAGUCUGUUCUGAUAUGAGUUAGAACCUGUAGAAUGAGAAAAAGGUGUUUAAAUGAAAGUAUUGAACAAUUUGUUUUUGUUCUCAUACUGUUUAUAUAUCAUUUUCCCUGUCAUGAUUCUGUUGCACAGUGCAAUUAAAAUAAUGAUUUCCCGCCCCUACCCUUCUUGUCUUUAGUAAAGACAAACUCACUAUAAAUUCCCCUACCCAAACUUUUUAUUUAAGAUGAUUUUACUUUAAUGUUCUAACGUUUUCCUGGUCUACAGGAUUCCUUGUGUGCUCGGAGACUUUUGAAGUAGAAGUAAAAUCAGCUAAUGGUGUAAAGAGACUAUGAUUUUGUCUAGUAGAUUAUCUGACUGGAUAUAUGCUCUAAGACAUUUGUUACACAAAAAAUAAAAAGAAGCCUGAAUUUCCUGUGCUGAGGAAUAAAUAACAUGUGCUCCUGUAGCCAACACUGGGAGUGUUCCCAUAGCAAGAAUGUAUGUACUGAUCACACAGCGGUGAGAGGGCCAUCUAGGUCCCUACUGAGCAAUGCUCUUGGUGACUUGGCUUUGGGAAAAGGUGGAUUCUCUUCUGCUCUUUCAGUAGGCAAUUAAUUGCCACUCGUUCUUCUUGUCUGUAAUACUUUCAGUUCAUCUUCUAGCCUUAGGCAGUUCUGAGAAAGAAAAGAUAUUACUGAGCGUGUUACUUUCUCACAUUCUUCUUUUCCUCUUUUCCUGUUUCUUGAGAAGAGGUUAUGAGUCUGGACAAGCAAGAGGGUACAUGGAAAGUGCUGGAUCUCUGUUCAUCUCUGAUAGAAUAUUGAGUGCAUAUACUGAGAUCUUCUGGUGGUACACUGCUUUGAAAUUAUUUUGGGACUCAGAAAGUCAUAUUCCAUAGCUCCUGGGCUGCAGAGCCACACAAGGAGGCAUUACUGUGACAAUUCAUUAAAUUAUUUUUCUUUACCCCUUCCUGCUAAGAUCUACCAAGGAUUGUGAAGUUUCAGAAUAGCAGAGAAUACUGGAGGCUGUUACUCAGAUCCUUAAACUCAAAUCUGUUUGUAAUAUGAGGAAGAGCUACGUAGAAUUUUACAGCAGUAAAUAUGAUUCUUAAAGCUUUAAAUAAACUAAACACUCCAGUGAUAUAAAUGGACAUAGCACCCAUUAGCUUUCAAACUUCAAUUCUUUUUUCCCUAAAAAGCAAUUUUGUGCUUAUUGUUGAGGGAAAUCCUCGUUAACGUUAGGCUCAGUGCAGCGUGUGGCCGACUGAAGGAUGAUGUGAGCUGUGAGAAUAGCUGCUAUUUUAAAAACCUGCAAGAUUAAAACCAGCUUGAGAGCCAUGCUAAAAUCGUGGUGGUGUAACAAUGUUGGAUACUUGGGGAAUUCGCAAUAGCAUUGUGAGGCUGUCAGUGCUCGAUGGUAUCUGAAUGUUCUUUCCCAUAGCAGUGAACGAAAUGAGCUGGUUACCCGAGCCCAGCUCCCACUGCGGUCAAGUAUCCGUGCCAGGGAAACACAGCUGGCAGCAGCCAAAGUUGGAGUGGGAGUGGUGAACAGGCUCGGGAGCUGAUGCAGCCAUCCCAUGGUGUGAUGGGCUGAGCUGCCAGCAGAGCCACAGUGCAGAAAGUGCAGGUUGGCUUUGUGAGACCUGAGAAUAAAAGGGUAAAGGAGAAAUGCUGCUCUACUGAACUGAUUGCUCCUGUUGGUCGGUGGGGGAGGUUGCAUCCUAUCGUACUGUUUAUCAUCCUUACAGGACAUAUUGUAGCACAGCAGCGGUAGCACAGUGACUAUGAGAAAAUGCUUAAAAUAAUGAUGCAUUUUAAAAAUGUUUUUCCCAUGUUUGUUUCUUCUUACUCUUUUGGUAGUGUGUUGCUAAUAAUUGCUAAUAUUGCUUAUAUCAAUAUAAUAAUUGAUAUAGGCCACUUGUUUGCAUAGACAGGUAUCUCCCAGCAAAUCAGGAGCUUUGCUCUAAUCAGGACCAACGUGAAACCAGUGAAAGCCAAGAGAGGGCUUGGUGACAGGUGGCACAUUUUGCACUUUUUGUGUGUUUUGGAAAAUCGAAUCCUGAUCUCAUACAGAUAAAAACUUGAAACUCAGACACACUAAUUAAUCUCUUUUAAUUCAACACUUCGUUAAUCUCCAAUCAGUAUUUUAGAUGAAACGAUCUGUGCACCUACUUCAGUGACAAUUGGUGAUCAGUGCUGAAUUCAACUGUAAAAACAGACUGCUGAAGGGUUAUCUAAGGGAGUCCCAGAACACUUGAGUGCCAUGAGGAGAAUGGACAGGGACAGACUGUUUGCUUUCUUCUAAGACAAGAGCUAGAGGCCUUCUGCUGGUAGAAACGAGGUUUAGCUCCAAGAGGUGGUUCUUCACCCCUGAAUAUGAGACUGGUGAAACACCUUGCCAAGGUGCACUGGGGAGGUAGGAAUUUUACAAGGGCAAGUAGUUGAAAGAGAUCUACUGGGGCUACCAAACAGACAAAGCAUGUGGGAUCCAAGAGACCUCUUGAGCGUGAAUCCCUUCUGCUUGAGGUGGGCAGCUGCAUACCCAGAGCUCAAGUGGGCACAGCUUAAGGGCACUUGGUUAUCCAACCUUUGAGCAGACUUAACAGCUAGAACUAGUUAAGAUAAAGGUACAAAAUUACAGCAUGGGGACAGUGUAUGUUUGCCCAUAGGAAAGCGUACAUUUAUUUCAUACGUUUCACAGACUUUUGAGGGCAGAUCUUUAAAAUUGGUCACUAUUUUCUUUCUGAAAGCUGCUGAGCUGAGGAAAAAGCAGGAAAACAAAAAGGCUGUUUUUAUAUUGAGUGCAGCAAACGGUCUGACUGUAUUGAGGAUUCAAAGGGAAUUUGACAGCAAGGAAUAAUAAUGCUGCUUGCAGAAAAGUGAAGGAUGUGGAAGAAUGGAGUUUUCUUUAACAUACGGAAAAACAUUGGCACAAUGCCUGGAAAUCCUAUAAAUGAGGGAACAUGGGAAAAGCCUUCAUCCCUGCACUGCACUGCUAUGCCAGCUAUUGACCUAUUAUUUAAAACAAUGACUUCUCAGCUAGGUCAUGGAAAUUCAUUGCUUGGACUUAUUAGCUCUCCUUUUCAAUAUCUGUCAGAAAAGCAAAACUGAGGAAUCAGCUGCUUCAGGUUGUGGAGAUAACAAUAAUGGAUGUGCGUGGCCUGUCUCUGGCUAAUAUUGUCCUUGAUUUUGCUAAGGAUGUUGGCCAGGAUUAAUUACUGAGUGACCCAAAUCUAAUAAUAUAAUUUUAUAUUGCCUCGUUAUCCUGUGAUUUCCACUACUAAUGACAUCUACUCGCAAUCAAAGAAGUAGGCCAAUUGAAGCGCUCCUUGAUAGUGUAAUCUGUUCUCUUGCCAGUUAUUUCCUAAAGAUAAUCAACUUUUAUGUGGCUUUAUUUCCCUUUUUUUUUCACCCAGUUUUUCCCUGUUGAAACACACUUAAAGAGUUACUCUUAAGCCCACAAUGAUACGUACAUGAAAAAGUUGAUGUUCCCAUUCUUUCAUGUGGAUUUGGGAGAUCCACUGGCCUAUAUCAGUUCUUGAACAGUUCUUGAAACUAUAAAAAAGGCCAGCUCCAGCAAUAUCAAAAUACACUUAGAAAAUCCUGCAGCAUUCUAAAUUUUAUUGAGUAUCCCAGUUCUCUCAUAUUUCACUUGUUGUCAUGGCAUCUGGGCUUCAAAUUGAAGUGGUUUCAGCCUCACAGGCUCCACAACAGCGACAGUUAUCUUGUUUAUUGUUUUAAAGGCUCUGUGAAGAAUAGAAAAUAUACAUAUAGGCAAACUUGAAAAGGGACUUCCCUCUCAGGAUUACUACAGUACAAUAGCAGUGCUCCUUGACAAGUGAUUUGUGAUAUAACAGACAUGCAAACUAAACCUCUGUGCAAUUUCUCUCUUGGGGACUGCGUGACAAAUAACUGCUGUUUUAUGAAGGCACAUAAACAGGCUUUGCAAAGGGACUUUGCAAAAGAUUUACUGCUCCAUGGGAAGGAGCCAGUACCUGACUGCACUGUGCACUUUCUCAUGGCCCUGAAAGUCUUUUGGGGGCUAUUUCACAUCCUUCAGGGAUGCCAGGUUCUUCUUGCACUAAUUCUCUGCCUGAAAGAUUUGGUCUCGUUUCUUGCAUUUGCUACCAUGUGCAUUGUUUUAUUCCUCCUCUUCUUAUGCCAGAAUUUAAUUUCUUAGCAGAAAGCAGCCAAAAGGAGUGGCUCAGCCAGUAGCUUCCUUGUCUCUUUGGCACAGACAUAUUUGUGAACCUAUUUUAUCACUGGUAGACAGUGACAGAACAAGGAGGAAUGGUUUUAAGUUAAAAGAGGGGAGAUUUACAUUAGAUGUUGGGGGAAGAUUUUUGCUGUGAGGGUGGUGAGGUUCUGGCACAGGCUGCCCAGAGAAACUGUGGCUGCCACAGCCCUAAAUGUGUUCAAGGCCAGGUUGUAUAGGGCCCUGGGCAGCCUCAUCUCAUGCUUGAUUCAGUGGUUGGCAACCCUGCCCUUGGCCAAGGGAUCUGGAGCUACACGACCUUUGAGGUCCCUUCCAACCCAAACCAUUCUAUGAUUCUAUGAUUUUAUUUUUUAGAAGUAGCUUGAUUUUCACCACAAAACUGAAAUCCUUGCUGUAGUUGUUUCUCAGCUGUGGUGCUACUGCUUAUAUCAACUCCAACAGAGCAUUGGAAGUGAAUAUUGCCUUUUGAAAUCAUCUCUCCUAAGGUACUCUGUGACUGAGAGCCCAGAUGCGUGUGUGGUAGUGGGCUGCAGCAUCUGGAGUGCAAACACCCAAAGUUCUCAGAGAUUUUGGAAGGUUUCCAAAGGCUCAGCUUGAGAAAGCCCCAGCCCAACGGCAGGUCCAUUUCAAUAGGUGCAAGGAGCCAAAACCGUUGCAAGCCCAAGACACUCCUCAAUCCCCACUGCAGCUCAUUGUGCCGGGUUUAGAAAUCACUCUAUUUUCUGCAUCACUGGGCAGAUUUCCAAGCUCUGUGGGAAUGUAGAAAGCCCGUGUGACAACAGGGCUGCUCUGUGGAUGGUGUGGGUGUUUGCCCUGCAGCAAAAACGAGUGUCACAUCCAAAUACUUCCGUCAUUGUUGGAGCAGCAUCCCAAAAUUAGCAGUGUGGCAUCAGGGUACUGAACAACCAGUGGGUUUGUGAGCCCUGAGCCAAUGCCAAUUAAAACACAGGAAAAACUUUCAUCAAUCUUACUAAAAUACUUCCUUUCUAAAGACCCACCAUUAUUUUUAGCCAGGUUCCUCUGGACUUUUUUCAGAAGACUGUUAUCUGUGGCACUGAGGGGCAUGUGUUAGUGGGCUGGUGGUGAUGGGCUGAUGGUUGGACUAGAUGACCUUAAUGGUCUUUUCCAACUUAAUGAUUCUAUGGUUCUAUCACCUGCUGGGAAGUACUGGAUGACUUUGUGUAAGCAGAUCUUGCCUGUUUGCAUUACUCAAAAUGUUAACAAAUCCAAUGUGUUACACGUGAACUAACAUGCUUUCUGAAUUUCUUCAAUGGAUGAUAAGAAAAUUGUUCGUAUUUUCUCAUCUUAAGUGAUGAUUCUGUCAUACAGACUAAAAAUGAGCUUGUGAUCAAAUCAAUGUGAUUUGAUUUACAAUCAAUGUGAAUUUGAUUUGUAUUCUUGUUUUACUUGUGUUUGUGACUUUAAACUUCUAUACAAUGAUUUUCUAAUAUGAAAAUGCACAUUGGACUAAUUUCUCAUGCAGUGUAUUUCCAAAGUAUUGAGAAAUUCUGACCGCACAAUGAUGCUUGUAGAGUCUUAAGUGUGUCAAACUCAUUUAAAAUGUUUACUGUAUAUUAGUAAAUAAAUAAUUUAUAUCUCUGA